AUGGAGCUGAGCUGGGCAAUGGCUCGUGUACCUGCAGAGAAGACUCUGAGUGCCACCUGUGGCACACGUGCCAUAAGUUCGCCAUACCUGGUACGGAAUGAUCUAACUGGAGUUCUAUAUGGUGAAGAUAUUGAAAUAUCAGAUACAGAGAGUUUUUCUAAUGAUCCUUGUACAAGUGUCAAAAAGCUUAAGGGAAAUGAUGUUAGAAUUAUCCUUGGCCAGUUUAAUGAGGAAAUGGCAGCAAAAGUAUUCUGUUGUGCAUUUCAUGAAAAAAUGUUCGGCCCUAAGUAUCAAUGGAUAAUUCCUGGGUGGUAUCAGAGCUUCUGGUGGGAGAAAGCUAUUCCAAAGCUGAAUUCAUCACACUGUCUUGGUAUAAACCUUCUGGGUGCAAUGGAAGGUUACAUUGGAGUGGAUUUUGAACCUCUCAGUUCGAAACAGAUAAAAACUAUUUCUGGAAGGACUCCACAGCAGUAUGAAGAGGAAUAUGAUCAAAGGCGUGGAAAUGUUGAGCCAAGUAAGUUCCAUGGCUUUGCUUAUGAUGGAAUAUGGGUAAUUGCCAAAACACUGCAGCAGGCAAUGAAGAUUCUUAAUGCCACCAACAGAAACCAAAAAAUUGAAGACUUUAACUAUACCAACAAAGAACUUGGAAAGAUUUUCUUGGAUGCAAUGAAUCAAACCAGCUUCUUUGGUGUAACG